AUGACUGACCUUACAAGCAAGCUGGCUCACCUGGAGGCGUCGGGCAGGCCAAUCCAGGUGGGCCUCAUCGGCGCUGGCAAAUUCGGGAGCAUGUACGCUCAAAAAUUCCUAGACCACGAUACACUGACACAGUACACCACCACCAACAGCAUUUCGCAAGCUCACCGAACAGCCGGCGUCCGCCUCGCAGCUAUCGCCGACCUCUCCCGUGACCGUGCCCUCGCCGCACUGAAACGCACUGGCUUUCCGCCCGACAAGUACGAUGUGAACUUGACCCUAGCCGAGGGCCUGAAAGCCGGCAAGGCGGCCAUCACGACUGACUCCGCGGCCCUGAUCGCCCAGCCUGGCAUCGAUGUCAUCCUCGAGGUCACUGGCAGUCCGGCCGCUGGGAUCAAGCAUGUGCUGCUGUGCUGCGAGCACAAGAAGCAUAUCGUUAUGGUCAACGUCGAGGCGGACGUGCUCGCGGGUCCGUUGUUAGUCAGGAGAGCGCGGGAGGCUGGCAUCAUCUACAGUAUGGCUUAUGGUGACCAGCCAGCGCUCAUCGCGGAGAUGGUGGAUUGGGCGAGUGCGGCGGGUUUCGAUGUUGUUUGUGCUGGGAAGGGUACGAAACAUUUGCCGGAGUAUCAUUACAGUACGCCGGAUACAGUAUGGGACCACUAUGGGUUUAGUGUGGAGCAGCUAAAGUCUGGUGACUUCAACAAGCAGAUGUUUAACAGCUUUUUGGACGGGACAAAGAGUGCGCUGGAGAUGUCUGCGGUGGCCAAUGGGUGUGAAUUGAAGGCGCCGAGGGAGGGUUUGAAGUUUCCGCCGUGCGGGACGCAUGAUCUGCCGCAGGUGCUGAAGCCGAGGAGUGAAGGCGGACUGUUGGACGAGAAGGGAAUGGUGGAGACAGUGAGCUGUCUGGAAGUCGACGGGAGAGCGGUGGUCGGCGAUCUGAGAUGGGGUGUCUAUGUUGUUAUUGAAGCUCCUGGACCAUAUCAGAAAGAGUGCUUCGCGCAGUAUGGAAUGAAGACCGAUGCAUCUGGACGAUACGCAGCACAGUACAAGCCAUAUCACCUUAUCGGCCUCGAGCUGGGCAUCUCUGUUGCGAGUAUAAUGUGUCGAGGCGAACCAACAGGCCAGUGUAAGACAUUUGCUGCGGACACAGUUGCAACUGCGAAAAGAGAUCUUGCAGUUGGGGAGAAGUUGGACGGGGAAGGAGGCUUCAUGCGUACGGCAAGAUCAUGCCUGCCGAAGACUCGCUAG